AGAACAGCUGAUCAAGUGAUGAAAUUCUGAUUCUGAAUUUAAUCAAUUUGAUUGUUAAGCUUAUUCUCGGUGAUUUAAUUGCUGAUAAAUUGCUUUUAGUUAAAUUAUUAAGAAACAAUCUUCUUAUUAUUGUUGGCUGGUUUAUUGAUUGAAGUGAUCAAAAUGGCUUCAUUGUCAUUUGGUAAAUUGAUUUGUAUACCAAUUAAAUCAUCACCUUUGACUGUUUGCCAACGAUGUCGUCCAUUGUUAAGUCAAUUAUUGGUUCGAAAUUAUAUGUCAUCAAAAGCUUCUAAUUAUGGAUUAAUUAAAGAUUCUUCUAUGGUAACAUUGUUUAGAAAUUUAAAUUCUAUUAGAGUUACAGCCUAUGGAAAUCAUCUAAUCAUUCAGAAUUAUUCAACAUCACCAAAGGAAGAUAAGAAGAAAAGUGAACGAUUUAGAUCACCUUUGGAUAGACAAUCUCGAGCUAAUUCCAGUGAUAGUAAAAAAGAUGAAAAUAAUGACAAUAAAAAUAAGGAAGAAGAUAAAGAGAAGGAAAUUAAAGACGAUAAAAAAGUGAACAUGUUCAUCCAUUCAGCUUUCUCCAUGUUUCUAGUUGGUUACAUAUUAUAUGCAAUGAGUUCUGAUCCACAAGCCGAUAUGAACAUGGGAUUUAUUUCUUGGAAUGAAUUCUAUCAUCUUAUGUUAAGAACAGGAGAAGUUAAACAAUUAGUUGUUCGACCUGAUCGUAACAUGGUAAUUGUCCAUCUUCACGAUGGAGCAAUAAUCCAAGGAAAACGACCCUACAUGAAGACUUUUUUCUUAAACGUUGUUGAUGUCGAAUCUUUUGAAACAAAGCUGAGAAAAGCAGAAGAAGCUCUUGGAAUAAGCUCAGAAAAUGGUAUCCCUGUUAUCUACGAACGAGGUGGUGACAAUAGUUACAUUACUCUACUUCUUUUACUUUUAUUGGCCUUAUACGCUUUGUCGUUAACCCAAGUCAAGUCGAGUGUCUCACCAAAUAAUAUGUUUACUAAACUUGGUCGAGCUCGAUUCACGGUAGUCGAUUCUUUAACUGGAGCCGGUAAAGGAGUUAAGUUUGCCGAUGUGGCCGGACUAAAAGAGGCUAAAGUUGAGAUAAUGGAGUUUGUCGAUUACCUGAAAGCCCCAGAAAAAUUCAGGGCCUUAGGUGCUAAAGUACCACGAGGAGUUUUACUUUUAGGGCCUCCUGGUUGUGGUAAAACAAUGUUAGCCAAGGCCGUUGCUUCUGAAGCUAAUGUACCUUUCCUGGCGAUGGCUGGAACGGAAUUCAUUGAGAUGAUUGGUGGAUUAGGUGCAUCACGGGUUAGAGAUUUAUUUAAAGAAGCUCGAAAACGAGCACCAUGUAUAGUUUAUAUCGAUGAAAUUGACGCGAUCGGAAAGAAGCGAAGUGGAACUCGAGUGGAAACAUCAGGUGAAGAAGAGCAAACAUUGAAUCAACUUCUAGUUGAAAUGGACGGUAUGGCGGGUCGAGAAGGUGUUAUUCUAUUGGCCUCUACAAAUCGAGCUGAAGUACUAGACAAAGCUCUACUUCGACCUGGUCGAUUUGAUCGUCACAUAUUGAUAGAUUUACCUACUCUUGAGGAGCGACAGGAAACAUUUGAAAAAUAUUUAAAAAAUAUCAAACUUUCAAUUAAACCAGAACAAGUUGGAUCUCGUCUGGCCUCAUUAACUCCUGGCUUCAGUGGUGCUGAUAUCGCUAAUGUUUGCAAUGAAGCCGCUCUUAACGCUGCUCGAUACAAACGCAAAUCAGUUGGUCCAGAUGAUCUUGAAUACGCCGUGGAAAGAGUGAUCGGUGGUAUUGAGAAAAAAAGUUCAGUCAUGACUCCGGGAGAGAAAAAAGUAAUCGCUUAUCACGAAUGUGGCCACGCACUGACCGGUUGGCUUCUCAAACACACCGACGCUCUUCUUAAAGUGACAAUUGUACCUCGAACAAACAAUGUCCUUGGAUUCGCCCAAUAUCUUCCGACCGAGCAAAAACUUUACUCAAAGGAAGAGCUUUUCGAUAAGAUGUGCAUGGCUUUAGGUGGUCGAGUUGCCGAAUCGUUGACUUUCAAUCGUAUCAGUACCGGAGCUCAAGAUGAUCUUAAAAAAGUCACCAAAAUGGCUUAUGGGAUGAUAAGAGUUUACGGAAUGAAUGACAUAGUUGGUCCACUUUCUUUCUCCGAUGGAAGUGACUCUGAAUUCUCAAAAAAGCCUUACUCGAAAAGAUUGGCUAACGUUAUCGACGACCAAGCCCGCCUAAUGGUCACUCAAGCCUAUAAAGUGACGGAAAAAAUUUUACUCGAUAACAAGGAUAAACUGAAAACACUAUCAGAGGAGCUUUUAUCACGGGAAGUGUUAAAUUACAGUGAUGUUGAAAGGUUAAUCGGUCCACCACCUCAUGGAGCUAAGAAAAUGAUUCAGACACUGGACCUAACACCCUAUGAAACCAUGGAGACUCAAGAAACUUCAGAAUCACCAACAAAUGAAUCAAUACCAACCGAUAAAACCAAAUCAGAUUCCCAACCCUCUAAUCAAGGUUAAAAUAAGUCACCUUGGUUUUUGUUAUUAUUUAAAUUGUAUCAACAUAUUUUAGACAAUUAACUGUAAUGAUAAGGUAAUAUGAUAUAUACCAAAUGUAAAUUAAUUGUAAUAAUUAAUAACAAUCAAUUCAACUCUCA